CCACGGCAGAAACAAAGGUUCCAAUCAAAAGAAUCCACACAAACAAAUGGGAAAUGGAAAAAUUUCAAAUGAUAGAUCACAACCUCAAACCAACAAAGGUCGUAAGACUAUAGGGAUCAUAAACAAGACCACUGAACAUCCUCCAAAAGCACCCCCAGCUAAACAAAGGAGGAUCAACAACAAGCUCCUUAGCAAGCCUGAAAAUGAGGACAGUGACAAAGUGACAGAAAGUGCAGAGGAACAAUCAGAAAACGAUGCAGGAAGCUCAGUGGAGGAGAAAGAAGAGGAAAGUAGUGAUGACGAGAAGGAGGAGGAGUGUCGUAGUCAUGAAGAGCCAUUUGAGACGCAAGGGAGUGAGGAAAGCUGUGAGGAGGCUGAGGCAUCGGAUAGUCAAAUAGAUACAGAACAGUCAGCAAUCGAGUCAGGCAAAGAGGAAGCCAAAAUCAGCAGAAGUGAUUCUGAGAGCAAACCGGUUGCAUCUAGUGAAGAAGAAAAAGAAAAAAACAAAAAGGAUGUACAAGUGCUUGAUGCCAUCAUUAGUGAUCAUUAUGGGAGUGAAGACAAGGAGAUAACCCAGGAGGACACGUGUGAAAAGCCAACGACUGAUAAAAUCUGCAGACGACGCAGACACAAUCCACGUCUCUCCAAGGCGGAAAAAGGGCCGAAAAGCAAGAUGUUUAAAAAAACAAAGGCAGAUAAAGAGGCUGAGAAGGCAGAAAAACAAAGGCUCAAGGAAGAGAAACAGAAGUUAGAAAAGGAAGCCAAACAAAAAGCCAAGGAAGAAAAGAAGAACAAAAAGAAGCCACCAAAAAGUGACAAACCUGGUUCUGCACCAGAUGGGGUUCAACCACUGAAAGGUCUUUCCUUCACCAAGGUCGACACUGCUAAAGGAAAGACUCAGUUAAUAAAGAAAACAAAAAAUAUCAAAGAGGGAGAUUCUCCUAUGGCAGCUGAUCCAGAGGAGGACGAAGAGGAAGAUAAACCAAUACUGACCAAAGCCAUUAAAGACCAGAACCGAAUAAUGCUUCUUAAAGCCAAAGGUAAAGACCUCAAAACCAUUGUUGAGCCUGAGGGCCAGCAGGAUGCUGAAAGUGUCAUCAAAGAACACCCACAGAGCUCACUCUUAGGGAACGUCAAGAUGACAUCUCUCCGACACAGAGCAAAAAAGAUGUUGGCAAAGCCUGAUGAAGAGACAUCAGUGAUUGAGUAUGCUGAUGAGAGAUCCACCAAAUCUAAGGAUUGUUUGAUAUCACGAAGAAAAGGCAUGACAACUCUUCGCAGAGUGUCUGGUUGGAUUCAAAAGAAAAUGCCAAGAGGGGUAAACUUGAAAAAGAAACUUUCUGCUUGGACUAAAGCUAUAGGAAUAUCUCGAUGGCUCUCAGUUCGAACCAUAAAACAAAAACAAAGCCCCAGAAAACCUAAGGGCAGUAUCUUCAAGCAGAGAAUGGCCAUGAGAGUUGCCAGUAAAACCAGCCCAACCAACAAGAAAAACAAGAGCCCAGAAGAAAAAAUGGUUAAAGAGAAACAAAGUCCUCAGGCAGGGAAGGGUGCAGAAGAAGUAGCCUUAGCUGGGGAUAAAGAGAUAGAGGCCAAAUAUGCUGUGGUACUUCCCAGAAUGAAUAAACUGGGCAAAGCAAAGAUGGCUGAGGCACCUCAGGCAGUUCCCGGACCUUCUACCCCAUCAAGUCCACCAGGAGAACCAAAUACCUCAGAGCCCAAACCCCCAAAGCCAGGUGCUAAGCUUGUACUCCCUGUAAAACCAGAUCUCAGUCUCCUGAAGUCCAUUAAGAAGCCCAUGCCAGGAGCAUUAACAUCAAGUGGAGAUGUGGCAGAUAGGAGCCUGGGGUCCAGUGGUAUACCAGAAGGAUCAUCCACCACUGAGGAUAGAAACUGGAGAACUGGCCUGGGUGAUCAAGAUGGAGUCAGUAUUCUACAAGCUGCGAGAGGGAAGCUGAACCCCUCCCAGAUCAACCUGAACAAAAUGUCCUUCUCUGGGGGAACAAUAGGCAGUGGACCAACACGGACCAAGGGACCAGAACCAGAGAGAGAAGUUGCAUCAGGGAUACCCAGGUCCACCACUCAGCCUUUUCCAAAUGGGGAGGCAAGUGCAGCAAUGCCAGGUGUUCGGUCAUUGUAUGAAGAAGAAGCAGACAGGGAAGUGGCCCAGCUAAUGGGUGAGGGGGGUAUAUAUACUGCCACCCAACCAGAGGUACACUGGACUGGGAAGCCACAAAUGAGUGGAAACCCUCAGGACUGGCUGCGUGCUGAGAAUCUGCUGCCACAUCAGACAGUGGAGAAGCUCACCAAGUGGACAGUAUAUGAUGAUGAAGGCCAAGCCAGGACAAUUCCAGCUCACAAUGGCAGGGGGCCAUGGGAAUCAGACGAUCCCACUCAGGAAAUGCUAGAGAAUCGACUACUCAACACACAGGUGGUGAUGCCUGGCAGCAAAAGAGCUGUAGAGGUGGAUGAGGUGGAGGAUCUCUCCCAGUUGGAAGAGGUGUGCGAGAGCUCUGUGCUUCUGAACCUGAAGAAGAGGUUUCAUCGUGACUGUAUUUAUACUUACAUUGGAAACAUGCUACUGUCCAUUAACCCCUUCAAGCCCCUUAACAUUUACACAGAAGAGCUGAGACAGAAAUACCAGGGCAAAGAGCAGCAGAGAAACCCACCCCAUGUGUACGCCAUAGCGGACUCAGCCUUCAGCCUUUCUCAGGCCUCCACACAGGAACAGUGCAUCAUCAUAAGUGGACAGAGUGGUUCAGGGAAGACUGAAGCUACCAAGCUAAUAGUUCACUACCUUAGCUCCAUGUAUCAGGGCAGAAACGACAACCUCCGACAGCCCAUGGAGGUUUUUCCCAUCUUAGAGAGUUUUGGUAAUGCCAAGACCAUCCUCAACAACAACUCCAGCCGCUUUGGCAAGUACCUCCACAUCCACAUUCUCCAUGGAGUUGUUAUAGGGACCUCAUUGUCCAAAUAUCUGCUUGAGAAGUCCAGGGUUGUCUUUCAGGCGAAUGAGGAGAGAAACUACCAUGUGUUCUAUGAGCUGCUGGCAGGCAUGAAUGACUGGGACAAGCAGGAGCUCUACCUGCAGGGAGCUGAGACUUAUUACUACCUAAACCAAGGUGGUGCCUGUGAGCUGAAGGGGAAGCAGGAUAAACGAGAUUUCCAGCUUUUAGUUCAGUGCUUUGAGACCAUUGGUCUCCAUGGUGAUCAGAUCUCUACCAUCUGGGCCAUCCUCUCCUCGAUUCUGCAGCUCGGCAACAUCUGCUUCAGCUCAUUUGAGAGCGAGUCCUUUGAGGUGGCUCGUAUCUUCAGUGAAGCUGAGACCAGGAGGGUUGGCUCUAUGCUGCAAAUUUCCUCCGAAGCCUUGCAGACUGUCAUCACACACAGAGUAACAGAGACCACCUAUGACAGGAUCUACUGCCCCCUGUCUGUGGAAAGUGCCACGGAAUCAAGGGAUGCCAUUGCCAAAGCCUUGUACUCAGUGCUGUUUGACUGGUUGUUGGAGCAGAUCAACGACUGGCUGAGUCCCUCAGAGAUGGAUAGCACUGUGGGCGUAGUCGACAUCUAUGGGUUUGAGGACCUGGGAGUGAACAGCUUUGAGCAGCUGUGUAUAAACUUUGCCAACGAGCAGCUGCAGCAUUUUGUCAACAAAGCAGUGAUCUCUCAGGAGCAGGAGGAGUACAGUGUAGAACACAUUCAGUGGUACCCACUGCCACUCAAGAACUUCCACUGCUGCCUGGAGUUGAUCUCCUCUAGGCCACAUGGCAUCCUUCGCAUACUGGAUGACCAGACCUGCCUCCCACAGGCCACUGACCACACCUUCCUCCAGAAGUGCCACUACCACCAUGGACACAGCCCCUACUAUGCCAAGCCCAAGAAUCCACUGCCAGUCUUCACUAUUUAUCACUAUGCUGGAGCUGUCACCUAUCAGGUCCAUAAUUUCUUGAAUAAGAACCACGACCAAUUCAGGACAGAGGUGGUGGAGCUUUUUGCCAGGAGUCGAAUUAAGAUGGUGUCAGAGCUGUUCCAGAAGGUUCAGGACAAUUACAUCCAGCAGAGGGAGCUGGGUUGGAGGGGGAAAGGCCUCCGCCAGCAGCCUUCUACUGCUGCUUCACACUUCCUGCAGUCUCUGACUGAACUCACCACUCGUCUGGAGAGAUGCAAAACCACCUUCAUCCGUUGUCUGAAGCCAAACUAUGUGAAGCUUCCUGCCAUCUUUGAUGUAGACUAUGUGUCGGCCCAGCUGAGGCAUGCAGGGAUGCUGGAGACCAUCCACAUCCGGAAAGUGGGUUUCCCCAUACGGAUUCACUACUCCUACUUCAUUGAGAGGUAUGGGGUUCUGCUGACCCAGCGGCCGACUGAGGCAUCAGACAGAGAGCUGACGGUGGCUGUCCUGGACGUUGUUGGUACAGAGGAGGGACAGUACCAGCUUGGACUCACCAAGGUGUUCCUCAAAGAGCCUCUGUACCAGCAGCUGGAGGAGAAAUGGAGCAGCACUCAGACCUGGGCUGCCAUCACAAUCCAGAGGAACAUCAGGGGCUUCCUCUGCAGGAGGAACUUUAAGUUCUUCAAACAGAAAGCCAUCGUCAUUCAGAGCCACAUCCGAGGACACCAGGCCAGGAAGUACUACAAGCGUCUGAAGCAGUCCUUCACUCAGUUCUGGGCGGUGAUGUUGAUAACCAGGAACACCAUCAAGAGACGCCAUUGGAGGAAGAGGACCACGCAGGAAUUUCAAGAGAAGAACAAAGCAAAAACAGUGACAAAGGCAAAACCUGUGUCCUCAGGGAUGGAUGUGGGGCUGCUGGAGAUCCCUGCUGAGUUGUCUGCUAGGCUCCGCAGUGCAGCAGGGCAGCAGCACGCACCGGCAAUCAUAGAAGUUGCUCCUCCCCAAGUGAAGGCAGAACACAAGCUUUCUCUGCCUCAGGAUGUAGACAGAUACCCAUUCUCUCGCUAUGCCAACUCCAAGUUAAGGGAUACAUGGUGCCAGCCUAAGGGAUACCCUCUCCAGAGACCCCUCACCCCUCUGGAGCCUGAAGAUGCCAGAACUGCCUUGGACAUUGACAAACUGAUCUUGCGGUUUAUAGGUGAGUCAGAUCUUAGCGGCUGGCAGGAGCAGAUGUUGGGCAACUACAUAGUAGAGAAGGGCCAGAACCGACCAGCCUUGAGGGAUGAGAUCCUGGUUCAGUUGGCUUACCACACAUGGGGCCUGCAGGAGCAGGACAGCUUGAGAGGCUGGCUGCUGCUGGCCUGCUGUCUUAGUGCCUUCACACCCUCACCAACACUGGACAAACCCCUGCUAAAAUAUGUGUCUGACCACGGCCCAGGAGCGUAUCGUUCACUGUGCCAACACAAACUGCUAACAUCUCUGGAGCUCCCAGCUCCCACUGCCCGUAUCUAUCCACCCACCCAGCUGGAGUGGACCUCCAACCAGAGGAAGGGAACCAUGCUGCUUGACAUACACACCUUCAAUGAUGAGAAACUGACAACUGAAGUGGAGUCGUGGACCACAGGAGAGCAGCUGGCUUCAUGGCUUCUUCAUUUCAGAGGUGUGUCAGAGGCGAUGCAGGGCUGGUCUGUGUCUCUUGUGACUGACGAGGGCUGGUCAGACUUAGCUGGCUCGGACUUUGUCAUGGAUCUGCUGGCUGGAGCUGAAACUGAGGGGCUGCCACCACCAGGGACUCCCACCUCUACAAACUCAGACUAUCUGUUCAGCAGCCAGGGAGACAGGAUGCCAGUUACAGAUGUUGAUGACUUCAUCCCUCCAGCGCCUCCCACGCAAGCUCCUGGCCUGCCUUCUUUUGAAGGAAACUCCUGGGGAAGAGAUUAUCCACAGGAGGGGCGUGGUCGACAGAUGGAUGCCUAUGUUGAUGAUUUAUUUGACCCUGUACUGGACCAAGGACCUCCGGAUAUGGAAAGAGUAGCCAUGCUGAAUCGUAGGAUGAGAGGAGGAGGAGGGAUUGGACCCAUGCAACCAGCCAUGUAUGGAUCUGGUAUGCCUAUGACCAUGCCUGUCUAUCCUAUGGGAGUCAACCCAGCAAUGCCCAGCUAUGGUGCAGCUCCCAUGAUGCCAUCCAUGCCAGCCAUGCCAGCCAUGCCAGCCAUGAUGAUGCCUCAGGCUCCUGUAGCUGCACCACCUGUCCCUGACCCCAUGCAGGUGGCAGCAACACAGCAGGCUUUCAUCAACCAGCAAGCCGCUCUCAUGGCCCAGCAGAUGACGCUGCAGGCGAUGACUCUGUCUCAGCAGCAGACACAGGAGCAGCAGAGAAAGAAUCAGAAGCGUCGAUCUGUGCGGUACUCCAGGGAGCGCUCACGCUCGCCUUCCCCUCCAUCACCAUCACCCCCAUCCCCACCUGCCCAGCCUAAAGCACCUGCACUUAAACGUACCCCUAGCUACAGGCAGCCUGAGCCAGAGCCAGUAAGAGAAGUGGAUUUAGCAGAUGCAGAUGACCUGCAGUCAUUCAGAGAAAAAAGGGACUACUUCCAGAAGAUUGGCACUCAGGACCAACGUAAAUCCAAAACCCCAAAGCAACGGCCAGUAGCCACCAGCCCACCCAAGCAGCAACAUGCUCCACGUCAUCCAUCUCCCCCACCUGUGGCACCUAAGCCAAAAGUGAAAUCCUCUGCCACUUCUCCUGAACGAAAAGUGACGCCACCAAAAGAAAGACGUACCCCAUCUCCUCUCCCUGAGCCUCGGCCUGAGCCCUCCUCCAACAUUCGAGAAAUCAUCAAACAGUACAACAGCCGACCCCAACCGGAACCCAAACCCUUCGAGUCUGUCAGACCUCCUACAAGAACCUUUAAGAAGAAGUCAGACCCCAAAGAGGAAGCUCUGGCCAAACUUAAAAACAAAUCACCAGUGCCACAACAGAAGAAGCAAUGGGUGCCUCCGCCCCCUUUCGAAAUGAAGAAGGAGCAGCCUCGUCCAAGGACUUACUCCCCUCCAGACUCUCCUCCCUCCACCAGGGGUCGCAUAGUCAUCUCCAACAGCAUGGCGCAGAAGCAGCGCUCCCUGGAGGACCUGUUUGGCUCACAGCGCUCCAAAAGCCCUCCCUCAACUCCGCCUCACUCUCCGUCACCUCCUCUACACCCAGCACCUGUACUUCAUGACAUCCCCGAGCCACCACUCAUGACUGCACCGUCUCUCAAUGUGAUGCCAAAUGAGGAUGGUGUUCGAUCAAAGCUCCACCGCUUCUCUGCAGGGGUUUACUUCUCUUACUCCAACAUGCCAGGAAAAUUGUUCCUGCGAAAAGAAGUGUUCUACCCCAGAGAGAUGUUCAACCAGCCAUACAUCCUCAAUCUGUUGUGUGAACAGAUCAUGAGGGAUUCCUAUUCUGAUAGUUGUGUAAGGCUCAGCAGAGAAGAGAGGAGGAAGAUGAAGGAUCUGCUUGCAAAUUUCAAUGUUGGAACGACUAUAAGCACCAUCCAGGACGACAACAUGAAGAAGAGGAUUGUCAUUGCCGCUCGAGACAACUGGGAAAACUAUUUCACUCGACUGUUUCCUGUGAAGUCGGACAGUUGGGAUGCCCAGGUUUUGGGCGUUUCUCAUCGUGGAAUCCGUUUCCUGAAGGUGGUGAGAGCAUCAGGCAUCAACCCUAAACAUCUCCGACUGCUUACGAGCUACAGCUUUGCAGAUGUGCUGUCAGUUGAACUCCAAAGUGCCAACAGAGUGGAACUAGAACUAAAAAGUGAAAAUGUGGUGCUGCAGUCAACCAGAGCUCCUCAGAUCACUGCCAUGAUCAGAUUAUUCCUCCAGGAACUCAUCAAGGACUCAGGCCAUGUGGUAGCUCUGAAGAGCUUUGUAACAGAUGACAAGAGUCUGCUUAACCUCAACAAGGGUGACAUCAUCAAACUGCUGCCAAUGGAAGGACUCCAGAGCGGCUGGUGUUUUGGCACCUUGGGAGGGCGCUCUGGUCUUUUCCCAGAGAACCUUACUCAGCCAUCUGCAGCCCCAGACUACCAUUGCCUACAUCUAGACCGAAGAGAUGACCGGAGGAAAAGCAUGAAGAGCGCUAGACCUGUCAGCUCCCCCGAGGUCUGGUCUCCAGGUCCCAUGAGCAGACCACUGGGGAACACUGAAUCAGAGCAGCCCAGCAGAGAGGCCUCACUCCCCACCUCAGCAAAGGGACAUAGAUCAGUACAGAGCUCGUUGCAGGGCUCUGUCCACGAAAUGGAGAUCCUUACUGCAAUGGCUGACUUUGCAUCUAAGUACUUUAGAGUGGGGACUACAGGUCUGCCAGCUAGUGGAAGAAAUUUUUUGGAGGCAGUUCAGCAUACAGAGAUCCCCAUCCAGGAGAGCCUCAUUCUUUACAAUGAUGAUGAAAUCAAAGAUUUGUCUAUCCAGUGCUUCUUGGACUUGUUGCAGUUCAUGGAUGACAUGCCACUGAAGAAGAAUAGCACCAGAUUAGACUGCCUGGGACGUAUCCUGCUGCGAGGCAAGGAAAAUGAGAUGCUGAGAGAUGAAAUCUAUUGCCAGGUCAUCAAGCAAACCACCAACAACCCAACACAAAGCAGCUGUAUGAUCGGCUGGCGGCUGCUCAGCCUGAUGACUGGUGUCUUCCCUUGCUCUGGUACUCUGCAACCCUACGUCACACACCACCUUCACGACAUCUCUGAGGAUUAUGAACACCCAUACCAAGAGUUGGCACAUGUGUGUCAGGAUAACCUCCAGCGCUCUGUCAGUUUUGGUGGUCGCCGUUGCAUCCCCUCACAUGUCGAGAUGGAAGCUUUUCUGGCUGGCAAAAAUUCCCAACGUAUUCCUGUACAGCUGCCAGGGGGAGUGGACUUCCCCAUUAACAUCCGCAGCUUCACCAUGGUAGGAGAGGCAGUAACAGACAUGACUAAAGAAAUGGGCAUCUCAGAUCUCAAAGAAAUCACAGAGUUCUGCAUCUUUGCCUCCAGACGUAAAGAUGGAAUAGUGCGUCCUCUCCAUGCUGAAGAGUACCUGUUUGACUUCCUGUUGGACGAUGGGUCUAUCUCCUUGUCCCUGAGGAGAGUGAUGUGGAGGAGCCCUCUGUCCUACAGCAAUGACCUCUAUGUGGAUUUCCACUAUCAGCAGCUCCUGGGUGACUACCUGAGUGGGCAGCUGAUGCCUCCUCCUGCUGCAGGAGGGUCCUCACCAGUCCAGCUGAUAGCAGAGCUGUCAGCCCUGCAACAUCUGGCUCUGGGUUUGGAAGACCAGCUUACCCCGCCGAAGAUAAAGGAGUACCUGCCAUCACAGGACGGGCUCAGCGGUAAAGUGGAGGAGAUUCACUCCUUCUGCCAGCGUCAGAUAACUGCCAUGGAGUCCCUCGGUCCUCAAGAGGCCAAGAUACGAUUCAUUGAGCUUGUGAGCACCCUGCCUCUGUUUGGCUCCAACACUUUCCUGGCUCAAAAGGUGAGCCAGAGUGGUAUUCCCUCGCCCUGCACGGUGAGCAUCAGCCAGGAGGAGGUGCUGUUCCGUCACCCUAAAACACAGGAGCGAGUGUUUCAGAUUUUUCUGACGGAUAUUCAGUCCAUGCGCACCAUCGCCCCCAAGAAAAACAGCAAAGAGCCAGCAGUGGAAAUCAACUAUGGCAAUCCAGCUAAUCCCAAAAAAGUCACCAUUCAUCUCAAACAGGCUAAACAGUUGUGCCACCUGCUUGCUGUGAUGAUGGAGAGCUGAUCCCGCUCUCAGUCACCAGUUCUAUUUCUCAUCGCUAGUAGUCGCACACAGUAAAGACAGUUUUUGUUAAUGACUGGCUUCUAUGACUGAUUUGCUUUUACCUCUUGAUUAGUGAAUUAUUGAUCAAACGGACUGAAUAGAACAUGCAGACAUGAUGUUGAUGUUCUCUUCAGUGCUUUCUGAGAGGAAGUGAUGCUGUGCAAACCCAUGUAUCACCAGUGCAGGAGGAUGUGGACUAAUUCACUGUACUAGUAAAUCAAAGCCUCAAAUUUGAUCCUUUUUGUGUAUUAAAAUUCCAUUUUUGAAAUGUAAAGAUUGUUAAUCGUGAUAAGAAUUGAGAGCACACAGAUGUGUAACGUUAGCAAACAAUUUAUAAGCAUUAAAGAAAUGUUGAUUUAUUUAA